AAGAAAAAAAUAGAGAAGAAGACGAAACUUGGACCGAUUGGCCAGGGAAACGAUUCUAUACGUAGAAAGAAAGAAAGAAAGAAAGAGUGAGUAGAAAAUAUACGAGUCGGACGUUAUGCGGUCUUUCGAAUUGAUCGAAAAAUCAGGAGCACAGGAAGGCAUCAUCGAAUGAUAACGUUCUCUCUCUUUCUGCCUGUCUCUCUUUCUCUUUCCGUCUUUUAUCUGUAUGGUAGUCUCGCAGGAUGCGACGGAGGAUGGUGAUGGUAGAAGUAGUGGUAGUGGUAGUGGUGGUGGUGGUGGUGGUGAUGGUGGUGGUGGUGGUGGUGGUGGUGGUGGUGGUGGUGGUGGUGGUGGUAUUGGUGGGGAACAUAGUCGAGAGGACCGUAACUAAGGGGCGUGUUCGAGAAGGUCGAGGGUUGUUCCGGGGAUAGUUGGGAGGAUGAACGAAUGGGAAUGCUCGAAAGGUAGGUCCGAGGCCGGUGACCUUGCCAACGGUGUACCUCGAUAGGGGUGAACCCGCCCCUAGCGCAGCCCCUCCGCCGUUUAUCGAAUUAAGCUUAUCAUUUGAUUUUGAGGAGACCCACCAGUCAGUCGUCUCGGACGCUCUUAAACGGGCCGAAAAACUUCCUCCUAUCCGUGCUAUAAUCGCAAUAAUUUGAUAUCGUUGAUCCGAUUACGCGUCAUAACUUGGCGUCGAAGAGGAGAGAAGAGAGGAAGAGAGGAGAGGUGAGGCGAGGAGAGGAAGAAGAGGUCCGUUUUGCGCUCGUCGAAGCCAACAUCGAAGAGAUCGUUCUCCAGCCGUUUGCCCACGGCCUUAUACGAUAUCGCGUUAACCGACGAUUUAUCCGAUGUGAAAGGCACGCGCUCUGAUAUCUCGUACAUUACUUUGUGAAGGGGGUCGGGUUCAAGUACCGGGGGAAAAAGGAAAGGCUCUCACCCCCCUGGUUCUGCGGUUUACGUUCUACGUCGUCCUUGCCGUCGCAGGAGCGCGCCCGCGCCGAAAGGCGCGCUCCCUCGAGCUUCCUCCGUUCGACUUUUCCCGCGCAAUCGAACAAACAUUCUUCUUAUCUAAAGGAAGCUACGUUACGCGAUAUAUCUACGCUAAAGCAACGUACAGUGUGAGAUCGUUAUAAUAUCGUGAUCUAAUUUAUCGACGAUCUCGGAACAAUCGGAAUUCGAAGGGUAGAAUGGAAGAAAGGGUAGCAUUCGACGCGGUUACUUUUAUGGAUUGAAGAGGAAAGUGGUGCUCGUUUCGAGAGUCUCGAAGAUUUUUCCUGUCCUCGCAAAAGAGAGAGAGAGAGAGAGAGAGCAAGAGAGAAAGUGCGAGAUUCGUGAAUAUAAGAAACGAGAAAAGAUUGAAAAGAAUCAACGAAAACAACAAUGGAUUACUCGUAUUUGAAUCAAGCUGCGGCUGCCGCGGCCGCCGGCUUCGAAGCGUCCAGUUGCGCGUUGGCCGCGAGCGAGAUGCAAUGCGGUUACGGCGAUCUGAGCUCGUGCUCGCAAAUGAGCCAAGCGGCGUAUCGGUACACGGCUGCGAGAGCCGCCGGCUACUCGACGAAUGCCGGCUCGGCGAGCGGCGGUGGUAGCGCGGGUCCACUUGGGGCCCAUCAUGCCUCGCAUCCUCAUGCCCAUCCACAUCACGGGGCCCAUGCGACUCCGUGCUCCGUAAUGGCGGCCCGAUCGCAGGACGUUCAUCGGCACGCUGCCUCCAUCUUUCCUUCUGCGAUUAAUCUCCAAGGAGGAUUAGGAUACAAACCCUACACGGGACACGACGGUCUCGCGGAAAAGCGGAAACAACGGCGCAUACGGACGACGUUUACCUCGGCCCAACUUAAAGAAUUGGAGCGUGCCUUUCAAGAAACACAUUAUCCGGAUAUUUACACCAGAGAAGAAAUCGCUAUGAAAAUCGAUUUAACGGAAGCUAGAGUACAGGUAUGGUUCCAAAAUCGUCGUGCGAAAUUCCGAAAACAGGAAAGACUGGCCCAACAAAAGUCUUCGUCUCAAGGUGGAAUAGGUGGUGAUAGUGGUGCUUCAAGUCCGGUUGCUGGAAACGUCAAAGCCGAAGGACGUUCGCCAAGAAGUCCUGCGACACCGCCAGGUGGCUCGAACGGUAGUGUCUUACCAUCGAACGAGGUCAAGCCUGUCGCUAAUCCUAAUUUGGUUAAUGUGAAACAUACACCGGACGGUACCGGGGAAAAUAGCUCACCUAGCGCUCGUGCAAACAGUGGAGGUGGUACGUGGGGCUCAUGCAGUCCAAGACCUUUCUCCACGGCGUUACCUUCUUAUUUGUUGGAUCCGCUACCUUUGAAGACCGGAAAUCUUUAUUAAUUUCGUUUCCUUUAUAGAAGGUUACGGUAAGCCGACAAAUUCGUGUAAAUAUAAAGAGUAUCGUCUUAUCGGACUGGUUGCCGAGAUUUCGGUGUGAUAUGUAGAUACAAGUGUGGUCGUUGAAAUUCAAAUCCGGUGCUGCGACGAAGCGAUUAUUGCAUUCAUCUAAGAAUAAUUAUCAAAAUGCGUUGACACAGUACCGAUCGAAUCGAUUCGAAGAUAUUAAGAAAUGAUUGAAGAUUUUAGAAACACGUAAGUUAUUAAUGACCACCCUUGUAGCAACGAGUUCGAUUCGUUACCCUGUUAUAUCAGACUUUCGGGAACAUUGUUAAUAGUUAUUUUGUUUUCCGAAGUUCAUCGAUAUAUAACUCGAGGACGUUUAAAAAUGGUUGAUCGUUUUAUUUCAUGUUGUAAGUCCUUCUUUGGUCGAUGUAAAUCGAGAAUGAAAAGUGAGGGAAAAAAGUGUACUCGGUAAAAUAUGACUUUGGGAUAAGUUCGCACGUUAAAUUAAUAAUAAAUAUCCGCGUACUCGAUGACUGUCCACGAUAUUCGAUUAAUAGGUACAAAGUAAUGAUUAUUAAAUAAUUUGUUA